AUGGGCCACAGAGGACAGUGGAAGUAUAGUGUUUUGAGUGUGCUCCUCUUUGGCUCCCUAAUCACCUCGGCAGUGGUAAAUCCAUCCGCAAAAGUGGAUUUUACUGAGGCGGACGACCUGAACGAGGAAGGGAAUGGGGCCGGGUUCGUGAGUGUGUACAAAAACUUCCCCAAAAUUCAAGUGACGGUCGAUACGCAGAAACUGAAGCGCGUUCCGCAACCGGAAACCAAGAGCGACGAGUCCAGCUCGGGUAGUUCCGGUAGCUCCGGUUCGGAGUCCGUCGAGCGCCCGUCGGUUGGCGUGCGGACGGACAUAACGAUCGAGAUAUCGGAGGAAAGAGCCGGGAACGAUACACGCCCGCCGGUGGCCGGUGGUGAUCGGGAGGUGAAAAAGGAUCGUAACGGCACUGGUGGUAAAAAGGAUCGAGGUGACGGUGCACCGGACGAUGACAAUGCCAGCAUACCGGUGUUCAAGGGUAUGGCCGGAGUUUCGCCAGCCAAACCCAAACCAAAGCCAACGCCAGAGCGGGCGCCCCCGGGCGGGGGACCUAUCUUGACCCUCGGUCAGCGGCCACCCUCGACUAGCUUCUUCUACGGAAGCGCCGAUGAUCGCAAUCGAAUCAGUGGAGAGUACGACGCCUGGAACGGACGGUCGCAUCCACACACGGUCACGGCCAUCUGGACAACGGAAAGGCCCUACCUACGGAGGGCGGAGCACGACUUUGCUGGUCCCGGUCAGCACCAGCAGACCUACUACAAAGGGUACAUUCCGUUCAAUGUGGGCCACCAUCACCACCAGCAUCCUCAAUCGACCGAGCAUCACCAUUCGGGAGACUGGAAACCGUGUUACUGCAGCAUCUACCAGCCGUGGGCCGCACGUGCCCCUACGAAUCCCGUUCUUCCCCCGGCGCCCCACUCACCACCUGCCACGGUUCCACCCAGGAGUAAGGUGGACAACAAAGUGGACGUCCCGAGUGCAUCGUACCGGCAGCAGCAGUACCGCUCCAUCCACUAA